UCCGCGCCCGCCCCGCGCCUGCCCCGCGCCGCAUGGAGGGCGCAGGGUCCCGGGGGGCCGGGCCGGCGCGGCGCCGGGGAGCCGGGGGGCCGCUGCCGCCGCCGCCACCGCCGCCGCCGCUGCUGCUGCUGCUGCUGCUGCUCUGGCUGCUGCCCGGCCCCGCGGCGCCCGAGGAGCUGAACCCGCGCGGCCGCAACGUGUGCCGUGCGUCCGGCUCCCAGGAGCCCACGUGCUGUGCCGGCUGGAAGCAGCAGGGGGACGAGUGUGGGAUCGCGGUGUGCGAAGGCAACUCCACGUGUUCAGAGAACGAGGUGUGCGUGCGACCUGGCGAGUGCCGCUGCCGCCAUGGCUACUUCGGUGCCAACUGCGACACCAAGUGCCCGCGCCAGUUCUGGGGACCCGACUGCAAGGAGCUGUGUAUCUGCCACCCGCAUGGGCAGUGCGAGGAUGUGACCGGCCAGUGUACGUGUCACGCGCGGCGCUGGGGAGCACGCUGUGAGCACGCGUGCCAGUGCCAGCACGGCGCGUGCCACCCGCGGAGCGGCGCGUGUCGCUGCGAGCCUGGCUGGUGGGGCGCGCAGUGCUCCAGCGCGUGCUACUGCAGUGCCACGUCGCGCUGCGACCCGCAGACGGGCGCGUGCCUGUGCCACGCCGGCUGGUGGGGCCGCAGCUGCAACAACCAGUGCGCCUGCAACACGUCCCCGUGCGAGCAGCAGAGCGGCCGCUGCCAGUGCCGGGAGCGCACGUUCGGCGCGCGCUGCGAACGCUACUGUCAGUGCUUCCGCGGCCGCUGCCACCCGGUGGACGGCACGUGCGCCUGCGAGCCGGGCUUCCGCGGCAAGUACUGCCGGGAGACGUGCCCCGCCGGCUCCUACGGCCUGGGCUGUCGCCGCAGAUGCGGUCAGUGCAAGGACCAGCAGCCAUGCACGGUGACGGACGGCCGCUGUGUGACCUGCGAGCCCGGCUGGAACGGCACCAAAUGCGACCAGCCUUGCGCCAUUGGCUUCUACGGCGAGGGCUGCAGCCACCGCUGCCCGCCGUGUCGCGACGGGCACGCCUGCAACCACGUCACCGGCAAGUGCACGCGCUGCAAUGCGGGCUGGAUCGGCGACCGGUGCGAGACCAAGUGCAGCAAUGGCACUUACGGCGAGGACUGCGCAUUCGUGUGCGUCGACUGCGGCAACGGCCACUGCGACUUCCAGUCCGGGCGAUGCCUGUGUAGCCCCGGUGUCCACGGGCCCCACUGUAACCUGACGUGCCCGCCCGGCCUCCACGGUGUGGAUUGCGCCCAGGCCUGCAGCUGCCAUGAGGACUCGUGCGACCCAGUCACUGGUGCCUGCCGCCUGGAGACCAACCAGCGCAAGGGUGUGAUGGGCGCGGGCGCGCUGCUCGCCCUGCUCCUGGGUCUGCUGCUCUCGCUACUCGGCUGUUGCUGCGCCUGCCGUGGCAAGGACCCCGCGCACAGGGAGCUCUCACUUGGGAGGAAGAAGCCGCCACAACGACUCUGCGGACGCUUCAGCCGCAUCAGCAUGAAGCUGCCCCGGAUCCCGCUCCGCAGGCAGAAGCUACCCAAGGUCGUAGUGGCCCAUCACGACCUGGAUAACACACUCAACUGCAGCUUCCUGGAGCCACCAUCCGGGCUGGAGCAGCCCUCACCCUCCUGGUCUUCCCGGGCCUCAUUCUCCUCCUUCGACACCACUGACGAAGGCCCUGUGUACUGCGUGCCCCACGAGGAGGCGGCAACCGAGAGCCGAGACCGGGAAGUCCCCACCGCCCCAGCGGAGGCGCAGGCGCCGGCCCCCGCGCCCGUGACCACCCCGGCGCCAUCGGAGGAGGCGCCCCUCCCCGCAUCCUCCGACAGCGAGCGGUCUGCGUCGAGCGUGGAGGGGCCUGGCGGGGCGCUGUACGCGUGCGUGGCCCGGCGCGAGGCCCGGCCGGCCCGGGCUCGGGGCGAGGCUGGGGGCCUGUCGCUUUCACCAUCGCCGGAGCGCAGGAAACCGCCGCCACCCGACCCCGCCACCAAGCCCAAGGUGUCUUGGAUUCACGGCAAGCAAGGCGCUGCCGGCGCUGCCCGUGCGCCUUCACCACCAUCCCUGGGCCUCGAGGUGGCGCCCAGCCCCAGCAAGAGGAAACGGACACCCAGUGACACCUCGGCGCGGCCCGAAGAGCCCGGCAGCUCCCGGACCCAGGACCCGACGCCACGGCCCCCGGGGCUGGCCGAAGAAGAGCCAGCCCUUGCCGCGCCCUCCCCGCCCCGGGCUCGGGCGCGGGGCCGCGGCCCUGGCCUCGCGGAGCCCACGGACGCUGGUGGUCCCCCGCGCAGCGCGCCCGAGGCCGCUUCCAUGCUGGCCGCGGAGCUGCGCGACAAGACUCGCAGCCUGGGCCGCGCCGAGGGGACCCCGGGCGCCCACAGCCCCCGGGAGAAGCCGGCGCCACCGCAGAAGGCCAAGCGCUCGGUGCUGCCGGCCUCGCCGGCCCUCACGCCCCCCGCGCCCGAGGCCCCAGGUCCCGAGAAGGCGGCGGCUGGCGCACCUCUGCCCGACACCCCCCGGAAGAAGACCCCCAUCCAGAAGCCACCGCGCAAGAAGAGCCGGGAAGCGGCGGGCGAGCUGGGCAGGGCGGGUGCGCCCACCCUGUAGCGGGCGGCCGCGCCCGCAGCUUCACCCGGCUUCGCAGCGCUGCUUGCCGCCCCGCCCCGUGCUCCGCGCCCGCUUGGCGUCUCCCGCGGCGGCCUGGGCGCAGCGGCCUCGCGGGGAGGAGGGCGAAGUCAUGGGUCCGGAGGGAUCGUGGGUCUCAUUGGCUCAGGCCCCAGCGGCGGCUCCCAUUGGCCAAGGCCUGACUGGCGCUUCGCUGACGGCUCCCUUCGCAUUGGCCGAGUUUUGUAGGGCUCAGGCCCGCCGGGGUCUCAAAGGCCAGGACGGGAGGGUUCUGCCCGGAGACCGCCUCUCGCCGGCCUGGUGCGCACUUGGCUGGGCCUGCCUGCUCCUCGGCUGAGGCCAGAAGCUCUCUGCCCGGUCUGCCUCUCAUUGCCGGGGCCUGGCGCCUCUGGCUGGAGUCUCCCUUCCUUCCCCGCAGCCCCAGGCCCUUUCCCCUGGCGGGGCAUCGGGGUCUCCGGUUGACCUGAGCCUGGGGAGGAGGGCUGGCCUCUGCUCCUCAGGAGGCUCAGCACCCAGGGCUCAAUCCUUCCCACCCUCCCCUUUCCUGCGCCCGCUGCCCCAGCCUUCCCAGCCCUGGCCCCUCAGCCGUCAGCUGGUUUUGAUGGCCUCCCCACCACGCCACCCACUGGUGGGAAUCCCAGGGGCCCUCCAGUAGCCUGAGGAGACAUAUUUAUAGGCCCCCAGCAGGGCUGCUCCCGCCUCAUCCGGGUGCCCCAGGAUGGGCUCCUCCCGGCAGGGGCUUGGCCAAAGCUUUCUUAAUAAAGUGCCUUU